AUGGCGUCCUCUCUUGCUGCGCAAUUGGCGCAGAUCGCCGCCAACUCGAAGGCAUCUCUGGAUGUCAGGGCGCAAAAGGCUGCCCACUCAAAGUCCCUCCUCUUCGAGCCGAGAGUGGCGGCGACACAGAGCUACCAGGCGCUCUACACGAUAUGCUUGGAAGGCUUCGAGGAGCUGUGCGAGCUCGAUGGACGGUUCAAGCCGUUUGGCCUGACGCUCUUCAGCGAGCAGAGCAUGAGCGAGGACCGCACCCAAAUGACUGCCGCUGAGAAUGCCGAAUUAGACAAGAAGGUCGAGUCCUUCCUGCGCCUCGUUGGAAGCAGGCUGAGGCUUAUGCCUUCGCUUCGUGCCCUCGAAUGGCUUGUGCGAAGAUUCAGAAUCCACGAGAACAACACAAAGUCUCUGAUCACGACCUUCCUCCCGUACCACUCGAUCCCCGGCUUCGUCACCUUACUCUCGAUCCUGCCGUCCAAGAUCCCCAACGAGUACCGAUUCUUGAACCCUUACAUCAAGUCGCUCACUUCACCUCCACGAUCUGUUCUGGUCCACGAAGCGAUCCACAAAGCCGAUUUCCUCAGCACCCUCUCCGAAUAUACCCUGGAGGCCUGCAGAAACCAGCAGCAAUACCCGACCUUGAUCUCAUUCUGGGGCGGAAUCAUGACGGAAGCCGUGAACGGUCUGCUUGAGAACAUGCGCUCAGGUCGCCAGGCUGUUCAGCAGGACAACAACGAAGCCUUCCUCCAUCGCGUCGGCCCCACCCUCGCCGAGGCAAUGACCAUGAAGAAGGUCCCCAACAUGCAGAUCGCUUCUUACAUGGCCGUCACUAUUGUUGCGGCCAAGGGAAGCUUCGACGACGCGACUCUGUCGGCUUUCAUGGAGCAGAUUGUCCACGGUUGGACCAGCGAGACUGUGCGCCCUGGCCUGGUGUGCUUGUGCAUCCUGGCUCAGUACCGAUCCGCGAAACAGCUUUCUGGAAAGGUCACCAAGGCCUUGUUGAAGGUGCAGGACCUUGGAGAGAUUCUCGUUGAGCUUGGACAGGAAAGGAGGGUGGACAAGCUCACCAACGGCCUGUGCAUCGCCUUUAUCGAAAGACUCUGCAAGAAGGGCGAUGCCCGGGGACUGCCAAUCAUUCGGGUAAUCCUGAUGAGCAAGAUCCUGAAGGGGAAGCAGAUUGCUGUCAUCUUCAAGUCUCUGGUUCUCGCGGCCCAUAGACUCGACGACGAGGUCGACAAGGACGGCGAAAUUCGCAAGGAGCUCGGUUCGACACUCAUCGAUCUUUCGCGCUUUUCCGGAGAAACUAGCGAGAUUAUCCGGACGGUUCUCGAGGAAGUCGAUUUCGAUGUGGAGGAGCUGGAGAUGAAGCUCGAUGUCUCUAUUCGCCAGAGAAAGGCACUGCCCGGAACCCAGGAGGAUACCGAGAUGGAUGGAUCCCAACCCGUUGCACCGACAAAGGAGAACCUGAGGGAGACUAUUCAGGAGCUCUCUGGCCAGACGCGUGCACUCCCAUCGUGCCUCUCAACUAGCACUGGCGACGUCUACGACGAGUUCAGUAGACUCUUCCUCCGGGUCGUGUCUCAGCAGUCCGAAGACCCGACACUUCUGGCCGAUUUCGACCAGCUGCCGUCUUUGAGCCGACGAACUGCAGUCAGCGAUCACACCUACAUUACCUUCUUCGUCCGCAUCUGGUCCGGCCCAUACCCGACUCUGGCUCGCGCCGCUGCUGUCGACACUGUCAGGAGACGUCUGAGCGACGGCGAUGGCAACGAUCUUGACUUCCAGGCCCUUAUCCCCUACUGCCUCAUUGCUCUCGUGGACUCCUCAAAGAAGGUUCGCCGUGCUGCGGCUGAGCUCCUCAUCCAAAUAGGCCACUUCUUCCCUCACCAGUCCAAGGCCGCGAAGGCUUCUGUUUGGGGUGGCAAGAAGCUUUACGACGACAGCGACAAGGUGCAGUGGCUGGAUGCCGAUACCAUUUCUCGCCUCCUUCACGGCGUCGUUCUUCCGGCUCUAGAGGAGUGCAUCAUGCACGAGGAUCACAUUCGUGCCGUCCUCCACUCGACACUCGACAGCAGCGCCAAGGGCGAGAGCAGCGAAGGAAAGAAGGCACUGAGCUCUUCUGGUAGGGCUUCGAUUCUCUCGUUCCUUGCCAGCCACGUCGUCGCAACGCCGCUCAUUAGAGUCAAGUCCAACCUGCUCUCGAUCCUCAACCGCAUCAGGGGAGUAUCAUCCACCUCUAGAACAAAGGUCCUGUUGCCGGCUUUCCGAUGGUGGGCGUCGUUGUCCGCUGAGGAAGCGGACCGUCUGGCCGAGGCUGAGGAAGUCGACCAGUCAUUGCUGCAUACGACCUUUGCCGAGAUUGUCGUGCCGAACGACAGCGAAGGCCUCGAGUGCCUCCUCUCCAUUAUGAAGGAUUCCGCCUCCGCCAAGCGUCCCGAGCUGGUCAGAUCCAUCUCGGCGCGCAUUCGUGCUAUGUGGGGCUCAAUGAAGGCCGAUACAAAGUUUGAUGUGGCCCAGACGAUGCUUGAGCUCUCUCAGGCACGACAGGUAUCCCAGGACGAAGAGGACAUUAUCGCUGACGAGGCGGCUGAUUUCCUGAGAAACGUUGAGCUCACGACAGAGAUCUUGGCUUACUUCCUCGAGUCUAUCCAGACCGGCACGAAGCUCAUCACCGAGCCCCCUGCCAACAAGCGACGCAGGACCAGCUCCUCCGAGGCCAACCGAGGUGUUGUCAGCGCCCAGGCCAGUGCCGAGCUCAGCGCAACCCUUAGAUCCGUCACCUUCGUCCUCCAGCUCGUUGACGGCUCGCAGCCUGCCACCCACCCCGAGUUGCUGGACAGCCUCUUUGGCACUCUCUCUGAGCUUCAGCACUUCCGUACUGUCAUCGGAUCGGAGCUUGGAUACCUGCAAAACCUGGUGCUUACAAGUUUGAUUGCCAUGGUCCCUGCCUACAGAGACAACAAGAGCUUGAAGAUUGACAGCUCAGGAGGCCACGGCGAUUUGCUUGUCAACUGCAUCCAGAAGUCUUCCAGCCCCAUUGUGCAAAACUCGGCCCUUCUCCUGAUUGCCAGCCUUGCUACUGCCGCGCCUGAUCUUGUGCUUCAUAGCGUGAUGCCCAUCUUCACUUUCAUGGGUGCCUCUGUCCUCCGCCAGAACGAUGAUCACUCAGCUCAUGUUGUCAACCAGACCAUCAAGGAGGUUGUGCCGCCCCUGAUGGCGUCGCUCAAGAAGGGCAAGAGAAACCCCAUUGCGGGUGCCACAGAGCUGCUGCAGAGCUUCGUUACUGCCUACGAGCACAUCCCCGCACACCGCAAGCAGGGCCUGUUUGUCGCUCUCAUUAACACCCUCGGACCGGAUGAGUUUCUGUACGCGCUGUUGGCUAUGCUUGUCGAUAGAUACGGCCCCAACGACAACCUCAUGGCAUUUGCAUCUGAACUUCUUGGCGUCUACAGCGCCGAGGUGCAGCUUCAGACCCUGGCUAAGCUCCUGGACUUGAUCAGUGACAUUUUCAAGCCCAAGCCAGGCCUUUCGGCUACCCUUUUGGGAGUUGGCGAGGAUCUGUCAGAGAAGAAGCCCGAGGCCAUUGCAAUUCAGCAGUUGACUGUGUUCCCCGCUCUGCUCUCCAGCAGAAAACUGCGAAAGGAGAUUACCAUUCUCACAGAGAGGGACGACAUGGAUUCUUCAAAGAUUCGGGACUUGUAUGCCAUCCUUCUCAGAGACGUCCUGGCCCUUGCGGAGACCGUCAAGCAGCAGAAGGCGCUGCACGAGUGCUGUGGCAAUGCCUUGGCCAACCUCCUCAACCUCCUUUCCAUCGGCGAGUUCAUCAAGUCGGUUGAGAACCUCCUGGACCGUACCGAAAUUGACCUUCGUCGCAAGGUCCUCCGUGCCCUCGAGGUCCGCGUGGACCAGGAGGGUGUUGCGGACGUUGCCUCCAGAACGGCACUUCUUGCUUUCCUGCCGCAGCUCACCGCCGCGAUCCGGGACACGGACGACCUCAAGUACAAGCACACUGCCGUUUCUUGCAUCGACAAAAUCGCAGAGAAGUAUGGCAAGAAGGAUAUCGAGGCCGUCGCGGGUGCGGCAGCAACCAUCGCCGGACCCCACUGCCUCGGCCAGCCCGAUGUUAGCCUCCGUGUCAUGGCAUUGCUUUGCCUUGCCUCUUUGGUCGAUGUGCUUCAAGACGGUAUUCUGCCCAUUGUCAACAUUGCUAUUUCUCAGGCAAUUCUCUACAUCGAGCAGAGCGUGGAGAAUGACGAGGCCGCCAACGAACUGCACAAUGCGGCAUUUGCAUUCAUCACUGCUCUCGCGCAGCACCUGCCUUACAUGAUCUCGGAGAAGCACCUGGAUAAUAUCCUGCUUGCUUCCAACAAGUCAGCCGAGGCUAACCUGGAUAACGAAGCCGACGAUGAGCGCAUCAACUGUCUCAGAUUCCUUGCCAGAAAGGUUGAGGCCAAGACGAUGUUGGCCAGCCUGCAGAAGAACUGGAUCCCGGCUGCCGAGGCUGGUUUCGACGCCACCGAGGAAUGGGUCGACAUCUUUGGAGUUGUGGUUGAUAGCCAGCCCAAAUCGGUUGUCACCAAGAACGUCACUACCUUGUCCACAAUCCUGCUCAACUCCUUGGACCUUCGCAGACGGGAACACAUCAAGGGCAAGCUCACAAACGCGACAGCUCAAUAUGUUGCCAAGAUCGAGGCCUCCAUCAACGACGUUACGCUCAAGAUGAUUUACAAGCUCAACGACGCGGCCUUCAGGCCCAUCUUCACCCAGAUCAUCGAGUGGUCCACACAGCUGCCCAAGCAAGACGCCACAGGACGUACCCUGCGCCGCUUCAGCGUCUACGGGUUCCUCCAGGUCUUCUUCGAGGGCCUCAAGUCCAUCGUCACCAACUACGCUACCUACAUUGUGGACGACGCCGUCGAGAUCAUCAACGGCACCGACUUGAAGCUGCCCGAGCAAAAGGAGCUCUGGCAGCGCGUGCUGUCUACGCUGGCGAGGUGCUUCGAGCACGACCAGGACGAUUUCUGGCAGGCGCCCGCCCACUUUGGCAAGGUCGCUCCCGUCUUGACAGCGCAGUUCCUCCACGCCUCCUCGUCCUUCGAUUUGACUGGCGAGCUCAUUCCCGCGGUGGUCGAGCUGGCCUCGGCGGCGGACUCGCAGGAGCACCAAAAGGAGCUCAACACAGCCAUCCUGCGCCACCUCCGCUCCGAGCACGCGCCCAUCCGUCUGGCGGCCGUCAGGUGCCAGCAGCAGCUUGCCGAGAAGCUCGGCGAGGAGUGGCUGUCGGCACUGCCUGAGAUGCUCCCUUACAUCAGCGAGCUCCAGGACGACGAUGACGAGACCGUCGAGCGGGAGACGCACCAGUGGAUCGUCAAGAUCGAGGGAGUCCUUGGCGAAAGCUUGGACUCUAUGCUGCAGUAG